AUGAAUGAUCUCUUAUCAUCUUCAUCAUUUUCCGGUGGCCAAGAUCAGUCCCACUCUAUUCAGAUGACUGACUUAGGCGGAGGUGAUCUCGACAAGUUUUUCAAAGACGUGGAUUCUAUAAAAGUCGAGCUUGACGCCCUGGAAACGCUCUACGGCCAGCUCCAGGCGGCGCACGAGCAAAGCAAAACACUACACAAUGCCAAAGCAGUUAAGAAUCUUCGUGCAAAAAUGGAUAGUGACGUUUCGACAUCAUUAAAAAAAGCAAAAGCGAUUAAGGUAGGAUUGCAGGCACUGGACAAGGCCAAUGAUGAUAACAGGAGAAUUCCGGGUUGUGGCCCUGGAAGUUCUUCAGACAGGACAAGGACUUCUGUUGUCAAUGGCCUGAGGAAAAAACUGCAGGAUAUAAUGAACAGGUUCAACGAUUUGAGGGAACGAAUAGCUUCUGAGUACCGGGAGACGGUGCAAAGAAGGUACUACACGGUGACAGGAGAGAACCCCGAAGAGAAAAUUCUAGAUAACUUAAUCGAGACGGGCGAGAGCGAGACAUUUUUGCAGAAGGCCAUACAAGAGCAAGGAAGAGGACAGGUUAUGGACACCAUUAUGGAAAUCCAAGAAAGACAUGAUGCUGUAAGAGAAAUGGAAAAGAAUCUCAAGGAAUUGCACCAAGUUUUCAUGGACAUGGCUGUUCUUGUGGAGACCCAAGGGGAACAAUUGGAUGAUAUUGAAAGUCAAGUUGGAAGGGCAAAUUCUUUUGUUAGAGGAGGGACUCAUCAACUGCAAGUGGCCAGGAAACACCAGAAGAAUACAAGGAAAUGGACUUGUUUCGCGAUUAUUUUGUUGUUGAUUAUUAUUCUCAUUAUCGUUUUGUCUAUCCGACCUUGGAAGUAG